AUGAUCCCAGUUUCUACCACAGCUUACAGCACCGAUCCUCACAGCAACUCUUUCUCAAACGGACAGAUUCCCCUGCCACCAGGUGCUUUUGUGCCUCCUCAGGUACUUGCGAUGAUGGCCUUUCCACCAGGGUAUGUUCCACGUCAGAUACCCAUGAUGAUACCCGUCCCUCAGAGACCACUUGGAUGUCCACCUGGACUGGAGUACUUAACCCAGGUUGACCCGCUCCUUGUCCAUCAGAAGGUGGAAUUAAUCGAAGCUAUUUUGGGUUGGGAGACCAACAACCAGCACGUUGUGAAAAACAGCCUGGGACAGCAAGUGUGGCUUGCUGAAGAAGAGAGUGUCUCUUGCAUGCGGUUAGUUUGCAGUUCUGUGCGCUCUUUUGUCAUCCACCUCCAGGACGACAUGGGACAGGAAGUGUUCACUCUCACACGGCCUUUAAAGUGCAGCAGCUGCUGGUUUCUAUGCUGCCUACGGGAGCUUGAGGUCCAGGCCCCUCCUGGCACCGCCAUUGGAUACGUGGUGCAGGACUGGCACCUGUUCCUCCCCAAGUUCACCGUCAGGGAUGAGAGAAGGACAGCGGUACAGCAGAUCAUCGGACCUUUCUGUGACUGGAACUGCUGUUCAGACGUCAUUUUUAAGGUCACAUCCCUGGACGAGGCUUCAGUAAUUGGUAGGAUAAGCAAACAGUGGACAGACUUGGACACAGAAAUGUUUACAGAUGCAGAUAAUUUCCGUGUCCAGUUUCCCAUGGAUCUGGAUGUUUAAAAUAAAGGCUGUUGUAUUGGCCGCUUGUUUCCUCAUUGUAAGUGUCAUUAAUGUGGAUAUUAAUAGACUACAUAGUGUAUGGUC